UAAAAAAGAAAUGGCAAAAGAAUUACAUGUUGAUCGUAAUUUAAUCAAUGUUAAUUUUGAUUCAUAUCGGCUACAAUCAAAUGUACAAUGGGAUAUUAAAUCAUUGCCAUUUGAAUCGAUUUAUGGCCGAUUACAAACAUUGGAAUUGGAACAAAAUGAUUAUAGUUUUGUUCAUGUUUCAAUGGCAUCGAAUAUCAAUAAUCUGUUUUACGAUAGAAUUUCGUCGUCAGAUCGAAUGUAUUUUAUAACUGAACAAGGCUCAAUUAUCGGUAUUGAUCAUUGUGGUUAUAAAUUCAACAAAUUGUUUCAAAUUCCCGAUUAUAAACGACUUUCAUCAUAUGCAUCGAUAGCAUUCUUAUCAGAAUUAUUUGUUGUCAUUGCUCAUUCUAAACGUUUUGAUUUAAAUCGUUUCACUACAGAUCUAUUGAUCAUUGAAAGAAAUUUUUCAAAUGAAUUAUGGACAUUGAAAACUAUUGCUCAUUUCAAUGGUUUGAAUGCGAAUAAUAAAUUCCAACAAUCAUCACAUAUGUAUCUAUUCAACACUGGUGGUUCUAUUUCCAAUUCAUUAUCGAUUUUUUCAAUUAUACUUGGUUCAAUUAUCAAACAUGAAAAAGAUUCUAGUGAUAUAAUCAAUAAUAAUCAAUUUAAAAGUUGUUUCUGUUCAUCAUUACAUUGGUUAACAUUGGACAGACAGAAAUGGACAAUACAAAAUUAUCGUCAAUUAAUUGAAAAUGGAAUGAAAUCAGAUUGGCCAAAAUAUGUAGCCAUUUCAGAUGAUAAUAAUCUUAUCGUUAUAAGUAAUGGACGAAUGAAAUUUUUAAAUAUCAUCAUCGAUAGUAUUUUACAGGAAACUAUUGAUGAAAAUGAUGAAAUUAGUAUUGCACAAAAAUUUGAUACAGGUGAUAUGGUCAACCGGAAACCUGAUCAACAUGAUAAUAUUUUUGACAAUAAUCGUUUGGAACUUGAAGAUUGUGAUUUACAGGAUUUUUAUGAUCGUUUAAUUAUGACUGUGUUUAAAAAUGAAACCGGUGAUAUUCAAAAUGAAUUCGAUUUAACAUCACAUCAAUGGAUAUGUACGAUACCGAAUAAUAGUGGUGAAUAUAGGUUACCAUUUUUUGUUAUCAGACAUGAUGUCGAUGCAUUCAUCUAUGAGAUCAACAAUGGUGAUGGUCAAUACGAACCAAAACACGUUGGUGUAUUUGAUGCAUUUGGCUAUAUUCAAGCAUCCAGAACGGAAAAACGUUUUAUCACCAUAAUUCCAAAUAACAACAAUGGUGAUGGAAUUCAAAUGAUUCAAUGGCCAUAUGCAGUGAUUGUUGAAUCUAUUGAUAAAUUAUCAAUAUAUUGGAAGAAUAACAACAACAAUCAAUCAUCAUCAUCAUCAUCAUCAUUGAAUAAUAAUGGUAACCAUACAAUUGUACAAUUGUUACAACGACAACACAGUGAUAAUCAACAACGAAAUGAUGACAUGAUUCAAGGAUUGUUUGCUUCAUCGAAUUUGUCAAUCAUAUUUGUUUUGACUGACAAUUGUGUUUGGUAUAUCAAAUUCAAAUAAACGAAAUGAAAAUUGUAAACAAAACAUCAACAUCAUUCAACCAUGAAUCAACCACACAACCCCAGGAUUUUUGAAUCCAAAAAUCGAAAUGAAUUUAAACAACGAGGAAACAAAUUUUUCAAACUCUGAAAAACAAAAAAUCCACACUGC